UCAGUCUGUUACAUUUGCUCGACGUGUUCGGUCGGUCGGUCCGGUUCGUUCGUUUAGUUUGUGCGUGCUUUAAUUAUUCUCAAUUUUGUUGAUUUUUUUGAUGGAAUGAAUGGUGAUGAUGAUGACUUCUCUUCCAAAUUCCAAAUAACAACGACAGCAGCCAAUAGUUUAUGUAUUUUGGUUACUUUUUCGCCAUUGUUAUUGUUGUUGGCCUGCUUAAAUGGUUAGCUAACCAAAAACUAAUGAAAUAAUAAAAAAAGAAACAAAGCCAAAGGAAAUACAAAAACAAAAAAGUGAUGAAGAAAACCGAACAAAAGUAGGCGGUAGGUGAAUGGGGAAUUGACAAUUUAUUGGCCCACAAACCAACCUCUUGGCAAUGAAUGGAUGAAUGAAAAACACAGAAAAUAAACAUCAUUAAUAAGCGAUUUAACGUGGAGUAUUACAUUGUGAUCUGUCUGUCUGUCUGUCGGUCGGUCGGUCGUUUGGUUGGUACGACGCCACAAAAACCAGUGAUUUGGGAUAAUAACAACGAUUAGUAGUUGAUUUUCGGUGAUGAAUACGAUGAUGGUAAAACAAACGGCUUAGGGUCCGACUAUGCCAUAUAAUUAGCAUAUCAAUUUCGAAUGUGUGCUAUGUACAUAUGUAUCAACAUCGACAACAACAACAACAGCAGCUAGAACAAGAAGAGAUGUUCGAAAUCAAAUAAUAUAUCAAUCAUCAAUCACUCUCACAAGUGUCAGUCAGUUUGAGAUUGCUCUGUAAUAACAAAGAAAAAAGAAAAAGAAACAAAAGCAAAGUAAAGAAAAGAAAAGUAGAGUGCAAAAAAGUCCAAAAAAGAGUGCAAUAAAUAUCCUAACAACAACAACAGAAAAGUAGAACAAGUGAUUGAGUACAAAGUGGCGUAUGAUGUACGAGUUAUCAACAACAACAUAAUACGAAUAAAAAUAAUAAUACACAUCUCGUUGUUGUUUGUGGUUGUCAUUAUACCACCCGCCGAGCACUUCGUUUUUUGCCCUCUUCAUUCGUAUCAGUCAGCUGUGCCGUCAGCUGAGGGAUGGUGGGGUUUGGCAUGCUUAAAUAAUAGCCCAGUACACUAACGACAACAACGACAACAUUAACGCAUAAUAGAACGUGUUUAUUUGUAGAUUUAUGUAUGCCUUCUCGCUCUCGUUCUCUCUCUCUCGACUCAGUUGUUCUUCUUCGCCUGAGUGUGUGUGUGUGCGUGCGUUCCAAUGUGUGUGAGCAUAUGCAAAUAUGUACCCAGAGUUUAUUUUUCUUAUUUUCUUCUGCCUCUCAUUGAAUCCAAAUAACAAUUAAAUUAAAAAUAAAAUUAGAAAAAAAAUACUGCAAAAAACCGCCAAUAGAACCUCUAGAAAAGGCGCAAAAAAUAGAAAACAACCGAUCCCCAAAAAUUAAACAUAAAAAAGAAGCUGAAAAGAGGAAAACCAAACAGUAGAUAUCUACAUUCGCACAAGUGUUUGUUUGGCCUUCAAUAGUUAUUAAAAUUAUUUUGCAAAAAAAAAAAAAAAAAAAAAAAAAAACACAACCAAAAGAGGAGAGAAAAUUUUGAUUUUUUCCCAAAUCUAUUUAUAUCACUUUUAAGCUAUGACGUGGAAAUUCUCAAAGUGAAAAGCGAACAGAAUUUGUUAAGUUUUCUUUUUGUCACUGACAGCAGCAAAUGGUAAUAAAAACCAAAACAUACCUACCAACUUUGGAAUAACAACAGUCGCACCAGCCCCUACCAAUGAAUGUGUCUGUCGCCCCCCAACGGCAUUCUGGUAAACACCUGUACAAUACAACAACAACAACUACAGCCACAGCCACAACAACAAUAAAAACAGCAACAACAAUAGAAACAACACAAAUCGCUGUGCGGAAAAACUUGAUAGUUUACAACAAAUACAAUACAAACUAGCGCCAAACACAUUAAACCAAAACAAUAACAGCAGCAGCAGCAGUAGCAGCAACAACAACAACGCCACCUGAUUUAGUUUGCUUUGCAAUGCAGUCGUCGUUAUUUUCCACAUCAAGAAUUCGUGUCUGGAGCAAAGCCGCCGUCACAUUCAGUCCCGUCUAGGCCCAGUCAAGGAUUUUUUUGUUGAGCAUUUUUUAUUUUCAAGUUCAGUGUCAUCGUAUAAUUAAAUAAAAAAAAAAUUGAAACAAUAACAACAAAUAAUUGUUAGAUUGCAUUUCCACAAAAAAAACCUUGUGUCUUAAACCAUAUGUGUAACUAAUUAACUAAUUUAAUACGUCCAGAAGAAAUGCAAUUUCUCAGGGUGAAAUGGGACCAGAAAGCAUUCCCCUUAUGAAUGAAAUCAAUAUUUUUGCAAUGAAUACCCUCGAUGGUCAGCACACCAUUACCAAUAUGGAUAUUGGCAAUCUGAAAAGCGAUGAAGAUACUCUCAAACUGCACGCCAUCUCAGCAUGGAAACAGGACAACGAUGAUGGCACCGAUGGCGGCUGUGAUGACAGCGGUGCCAUGUUGGAUGACAAUAUAUCUCAAGUCGGCUCAGACUAUUCGGAAUUUCCCGCUAACGAGAUAUUCAGCAAUGCCAUGCCCUCGGAAAGCUAUGCUGAAGAUAUAAAAUAUCAUCCGGCUGAGAUGAUGUUGAGGCCGACAUCAUCGUCGGCCAUACAAUUUAAUUAUAACUUCCCUCCCCUGCAUACCCUAACGCCACAACAACAGCAGCAGCAACAACAUCAGAGUAAUUCGUUGCACCAGCCACAUCAUCAGCAACAGCAGCAACAACAUCCCUCACAAUGCUCACAUCCGGCUCCGUUGUUUGGUGGUGGUGGAGGUGGUGAUCAUCAUCACCACUCGCAUCGUCAUGUCCCAUUGCCUGAUCGUCAUCCGUAUCAUCGGAAUUCUCGUGAUAUGUGCGAUUCCCCAACCACGGAUUACAACCAAAAUUCUCACCCUAGUCAAAAUUAUUUCCCUUCGAAUAUGUGGUAUCCCAAUGCCCCGAUUGGUGGUUAUCGAUCCUAUGGAUCGCAUGCCUAUGGUCGGCCAUAUGGAUCGCAGUUUCCCCACGAUCACAUGAUGGACAUGUUCCAGCUGUCAAAUAGCGGACGUGAAGCUCGCAAUCGUGCCGAAAAGAACAGACGUGACAAGCUGAAUGGCUCAAUACAAGAACUCUCAACAAUGGUGCCGCAUGUUGCAGAAUCUCCACGGCGAGUCGACAAAACGGCCGUUCUUCGAUUUUCCACCCAUGGUUUACGUCUUCAAUAUGUAUUUGGUAAAAGCCUUAAUAAUGAAUCCGUACAAACAACCGAUACUCUCAUGAAGUUAUUGCAAAGUUUCUUCCUGACAAUAACGUGUAGCGGUCAAAUUGUUUUGGUCUCAUCAAGUAUAGAGGAACAUUUGGGGCAUUGUCAGACUGACUUGUAUGGCCAGAAUAUCCUCCACAUAACCCACCCCGAAGAUCAUCAGAUGUUGAAACAAAAACUCAUACCCACAGAUCUGGAUACUCUAUUCGAUAUACAACCCGAAGAUGAGAACGGUGAACCCCGACAACGGACUAAGGCUGAAGAAGAUGAAAUCGAUCGGCGAUUAAGAGAAGAUCGACGUAGUUUUACUGUGAGGUUGGCAAGAGCUGGACCACGUUCAGAGGCUACCACGUAUGAGCUGGUGAAGAUUGAUGGCAGUUUUCGGCGCAGUGAUAUGGCUCCCAGAGGUCUGAAAACCAGUACAUUUCCCUCAACACUACAGCUGAUGCGUCGAAGUCGUGGUCGGGAGGAUAUAAUGCCGUUUCAUACGAUAAGUGGAAAUGAUAUUGUUCUCAUUGCCAUUGCCAGAAUAGUGCGACCUCCGGUCAUCAAUCCCUUGAUAGAGGCCAAUCGUUUGGAGUACAAAACAAGACAUUUGAUUGAUGGUCGCAUCAUUGACUGUGAUCAACGCAUAAGUCUGGUGGCCGGUUAUAUGACCGGUGAAGUUCGAAAUCUAAGUCCGUUCACGUUCAUGCAUCAGGACGAUGUGCGGUGGGUCAUAGUGGCUCUCAGGCAAAUGUACGACUGCAACAGCUCAUAUGGCGAAUCCACGUAUCGUCUCUUUACCCGCAAUGGCAAAAUCAUUUACCUCCAUACCAAAGGAUUCCUCGAGAUCGACAAGAGCACCAACAAGGUGCACUCCUUCAUCUGUGUAAAUACUCUGCUGGGCGAGGAGGAGGGCAAGAAACGUAUUGAACAUAUGAAAAAUAAAUUCUCUGUGAUUAUCGACACAAAAAUACCGCAAUCCUUCUCGGAGGUGCCGACAUUGGAAAACCCGUUGCAGCUGGAAAAGGCAGUCUUGUGUCUGAUACAAAAUCUACAACAUCCAGCAACGGAUGAAGAUGGUGACAGCGAUCAGAAUUCGCAGACGGCUCAACGGUCCAAUUAUCACCAACAUUAUCAGCAUUCAAAUUCCCACCACUCAAUGUCGGCUCAUCACAUGGGUCGUUCGUCGAAAUCUCCCCCCUUGGCUUUGGUACCGCCGGGAGCUGAUUCCAUUAAACAUUCAAUAAAUAAAAGUGUUUCGGUUGUCAAGACAAUCGGUUGCAUAACACAGACAAAUGAUUCGGCGUACUGUCAUCGAGGCAGUGUCGAGGACAAUGGUUGUGGGGGCAGCUCGACUAGCGGUGAGAGUCGCCGUUAUUCCAGCAACAUUGAUAGUGAUGAAUACUCGCCAAAUGGUGAUCACCAGCAAACCAUGUUGUCAUACGCGAGUGGGAGCAAUGGAACCAAGAGAAAAUGUAAUUAUUCCACAUCGGAGAAUGAUGACGAUGAGGAUUACGGUCCGCCACCAAUGCAACGAAGAGCUCCCGAAAACCUUGUAGAAGACCAUGCCAACCGAAUCGACAAUGAAUUCAACGAGCAGCUCUGUGGAGCUAUGAAUCUACAGGAAGACAAUGAAAUACCGUAUAGUGUUCCACAAACUGAGGAUUGCCAAGCUGGGGUAAUGAAUUCCAAUGAUCCACAAGAUGACCUUUAUACCUUAAUAUCAGAUGACUUGGAAUGUGAGUAUCGAAAUGAAGAGCGAUUUACCAAUGACAAAGGACUGCCAAAAGAUUGUCAGAAUGGUGAUGAAAUCAAUAUCAACAAUUCAAUAACACCAAAUCAAACAUCGCCCAUCCCGCCCCAGACCUGUUAUAAAUCAAGCCGAGAGAAAUCUGCGGAAAGGAGUGAAGAGAAUAAUUCAAACCCAUAUGAUUAGACAAGUACAAAAAACAACAACAACAACAAAAAACACCAGCCACAACAGCUGGCUAAGUAAUUAUCAAAACUAGAUGAGACUACAAAACAGAAUAGCAGCAACCUGCCGAAAUAACAACAGCAACAACAACAACAAAUAUAUCAUCCACUGCCUUAGAGGAUGAUUAUUUUUUGCAAAAUACAAACAAAAAACAAACAGGUUUCAUAAAAAUACUGCUAAUUUUUAUUUACCUAUGUGUAUGGACAUUUUUUUAAAUUAAUAUUAAUGUAUGUCAUAAAUAUUGAAAAUACAAUAACAAAUAGAUAAAUAUUCAAUGUUUUAUAUAUGAAAUUAUGUGAAAAAAAGAGAAAAGAAUUAGAAUUGUUUGCCAUAAUUUUAAAGAAAUUGUCAUAAGAUCACCGCAAAACAAAAUACUAAAUGUUUUUAAACAAAUUAUAUAAAUUAAUUUGACUGGGUCAGAGUCGAAAACAAAACUAGGAAAAAAGACUAACUAAAGGCCAGAUUGGAAAGAUUUCAAUAGUUGUGGCUUGGAUUCAAAGUUUUCAGUUUUAAAUAAUUAAGAUGAUUAAAAAUUUUACUAUUAUUAUCAUAUUGUUAAUAAACCGCAUUCAAUAAAAAAGGAAAUUAUUUGAAUUUUUAUUUUAGAAAAUUUUAAAUUAUAUUUUAAAGGAAUUAUUAGACUUGUAUAACGAAUUAAGGAAUAAAAUUAUAUUUUAAACUUUUUUGCUUUUAAAAUUCAAAAAAGAAAAAGUUUCCAAAUUUAAAUGCUGAAAACUAUGGACUACGUAACUAAAAUCCAGGCCCAUGACUAGUAUGAACUUGCAUUAACGGCCCUAAUUCUAUAUAGUUGUUGCAAUAAUUUUAAAAUUGUAAAUAAAAACAAAACAAUUACAACAACAAACAUUAGUUAUGAAUAAUUAAGUACUAUAAUAAGAAAUGUAUUCUUAAUAUUAUUUUAAAAAUAAAUAAAUAUGUAUAUAGUUAGUUUUAUAUACAUACAUAUACUACAAUAACAAUUAAUAUGUUAAUGAACGAUAUAGUUACUAAUGGUGCAAUUUACACUUAAUUUUUACAAACCUGAACAAGAAGAGAAAAAUACACAAUAAUAAUGGCAUUUAAGAAAAACAAAACAGAAA